GAUGGUACACCUGGAAUUCCCGGAUUAGAUGGACUUCCUGGGUUUCUAACGAAAUAUCAGGAUGGAAAAUGCAUUGAAUGCCGACAUGGUCUGCCAGGUAUGGCAGGUCCUACAGGAAAACCUAGUGAGCCUGGACCAAAAGGACUAGAUGGAGUAAACGGAGAGUGAGCACCUACUGGAGUGAGAGGUCUCCCAGGUCCACUCGGUGAUCCUGGAAUACAAGGGCCAAUGGGAUCGUCAGGUGAGCGUGGUGAAGAUGAGCUACCAGGAGUACAAGCGAUACUUGGAAGGCCGGGUCUACCUGGGCCGAUUGGUCCACCGGGACUGAUUGGACCUCCUGGCGAACCAGGCAUAACAGUGAAUGGUGAAUUAGGACCGACUGGAAUGCCAGGUAGUGCCGGUUUGCCAGGCCUACCUGGACUAAAAGGCGCAGAUGGCGAGAUCGGAAACCCAGGGAUCCCUGGACCUAACGGUAUUUAUUGUCAUGUCCACAAAGAAACUUGUUCAGCACAAUGA